CUUCUGGCGUAUCAGUACUUUGUAGACACCCAGCAACAUGGCAGAUGACAUCGAUUUUACCACUGGAGAUGCUGGGGCAUCCACCACUUUCCCCAUGCAGUGCUCUGCCCUGCGUAAGAAUGGGUUUGUGGUUCUGAAGGGACGCCCAUGCAAGAUUGUUGAAAUGUCUACUUCCAAGACUGGCAAGCACGGGCAUGCCAAGGUUCACCUUGUCGGAAUUGAUAUUUUCAGUGGUAAGAAGUAUGAAGAUAUUUGUCCUUCUACCCACAACAUGGAUGUACCCAAUAUUAAGAGAUGCGAUUACCAGCUGAUUGGUAUCAUUGACAAAUACUUGUCUCUCCUGAAUGACUGUGGUGACGUUCGUGAUGAUCUGAAGCUGCCGGAUGGUGACCUGGGAAAGGAAAUAGAAUCUAGAUUUGAAGCAGGAGAGGAGAUCAUGAUCUCAGUCUUGUGUGCAAUGAAUGAAGAAUGUGCUGUAGCCAUCAAGGCCAUGACCAAAUAAAACCGAUUCAGAGGCUCGAGCAAAGUGCUCAGGUCAAGAACAACCGAUCUUAAAUUUGGUUCUGAUUGUCACCAAAGCUAUGGCCUUUUCAAAAACCUCAUAUUUUUUUUUCAAUUUUCAGGUAUUUGCUGGAAGCUAAAUUUGGUUAUGCAGGUUAACUGGCAAUUUUCAUUAUCACUUCAGUUUAAUAAUUAAAUGCAUUGGUUAUUACCUUUUGACAUUCCUACAGGUGUUUAUUUUGAGGGUCCAACUAAACUGGCCAAACAUUUAGUAGAUAUGUCGCAUCUGUUUGCGAUGCAUAGUUUAAACCGGGCUGCUAGAAAUUGGUCACAUGCGCCUCGUGUAAAAGGUAAUAACUAAGCGGUAAUGUUAUACCUAUUCUGUAGUUUCUUGUUUGUAUAUAGUACACAAUAAGAACGACUUAAGCAAGUUUAAAUCUAAUGCAUGUUAAGUGAUUGGAGAUGCCAGUUGACUUGCUAGUUUCCUUAUCCCUCCCUUUAUAAAAAGUCCUGGUGGCCAUGUGGAAGUAAAAUGACCUCUGUACAUUUGCCGACAUGUUGGCUUGCGUAAUGCAACAAAAAAGUGUCAAAGCCUGCCUAUGGUCUAGACGGGCAACUUUGUUGGGUGGUUCUGGGUGGCAGGCGUACAUGACACAAAUGAGGGUUAGAGUUGUUAAUGCUACAGAUUUUCACUCGAGGCCUUUGUCAUUGGACUGAAAAAAAAUAAAAAUAGAAAAAUGCAGUUCAGUUGCUCUUUUUUCUUUUAUUGUAUUUAUCUUGAAAUAUUAAACAGAGUAAAGACCUUCCCAGGAA